CACUAAGAUAUUUGCCAAAAAAAUAAUAAUUAAAUAUCUCAAAAAUAGUUCAGGUAAGAAAAUAAUAUUCCAAAGAAAAUUAACUGGUAUCGAAUUUCUUCUUUACAGUAAGUCAAAAUUCCUUCCGCCGGCGGCCGUGAUCCCGUCGCCGGAAGGAACGCUGUUCUGUAGAUACACAAAUUUCAGACGGAAUUGCAUUUGAUAGAUUGCAAAAAAGUUUAAAGAGGAGGAGAGAAAGCAGUAAAUUGGAAUCAUGAUAACGCGAUCGAAUUUGGCGGAGCAGCUGAGAGAGUAUCAGAUUCGAUCAAAGCACGAUUGGGCUUCGGUCUCCUUCUUUUCCUCCACCUCUAAUCUCACAUCUACAGCUUCAAGGGCGGAUGUCGUCAUGUUUGUAAUAUGUGAGCUGGUUAUCUUGGCACUCCUGGUUUUCUCUGUAGUUUCAUUGUACUUCACACAUCUAAAGCUUGCAUUUAUCCUAGUAAGUACUAGCUUGCUAUUGCUUGUAUGUGUGACAAUUGCAAAACAAGUUACAGAAGCCAGGAAGAAGAAGCGAAGAAUGCUUCUUCCAUUAUCAAUUUAGAAGUGCGUGAUGGAAAAUCUUUUUUGCUAUGCCCAACCUAUAUUUUAAUGUGAAAUCUCAACCAACAAUUCUGUCUUUUCUUUUUUUCUUUUCUGAAUUCCUUUUGACACAAGUAAUUGUAGUAGAAGCAAGCUGAUUAAAUGGUGCUGAUUUUGAGAUCAUUUGACAUCAGAGCUGUCAUUUUUGUUAUAUAUUUCAUAGGUGUUUGUGAUUCUCAUGUACCUUCAUACUUAAAUCUCUAUUCAGUCUUACAUUUUAUUGUCACAAUGGAAGGCAUUUGUUCUGUCAACAUUGUUCCUAAAUCAUGAAGAAUAUUGAUCUU